GCCCACAGUGGUAGAAUCGAACGUCCCCGAGCGCAGACUGCGCUCGAGUCUCUGGAAGGAAGAUAACGGUUUCUUUUUUCGUCCCCUCUGCGCUCAAAACAACAAGAACAAACCAAACCUGAAUUUUAAGGGGGGGUUUACAGAGUAUUCUCGUUACAAGGAGGAGGGAAGCGAAGGAUUGGAGCCACGAGUUUUUGUUAUUCUUUUUCGUUUUUUUCUCAUUUUUUUUUCCAGAAAGAGGAUUCUGUGUUUCACGGUGGUUUGUUCUCCGCUCUCGCCGCAAAGAUGAUGGUCGGAGAGGUCGAAGUGAAGGAGCGACCGAGGCCGAGUCCCGACUAUUUGAUGCAAUUAUUAAACGAGAAGAAGCUAAUGACCAGUUUGCCAAAUCUCUGCGGCAUCUUCACACACCUGGAGAGGCUUCUCGACGAAGAGAUCAACAGAGUGCGUAAAGACAUGUACAGCGACUCAGCAAAUGGCCUUGUGGACAGACACCCCAUGGAGCUGCCGGAGCCUCUGGGACCCAUCGUCCACCUGCAGGAAAAACUGUUUGUGCCUGUCAAAGAGUACCCUGAUUAUAACUUUGUGGGGAGAAUCCUUGGUCCACGUGGACUCACAGCCAAGCAGUUGGAGGCAGAGACGGGAUGCAAAAUCAUGGUGCGAGGCAAGAGCUCCAUGAGAGACAAGAAGAAGGAGGAGCAGAACAGAGGGAAGCCAAACUGGGAACACUUAAACGAAGACCUUCAUGUCCUGAUCACGGUGGAAGACACACAGGGCAGAGCAGAGGUCAAGAUGAGGAGAGCAGUGGAGGAGGUCAAGAAGCUCCUCGUACCUGCGGCCGAGGGAGAAGACAAUUUGAAGAAGAUGCAGCUGAUGGAGCUGGCAAUUCUGAAUGGGACAUACAGAGACAACAACAUCAAAACACCCACCCUUGCAUUCUCUCUUGCAGCGGCGGCAGCGGCCGCUCAAGGCCAACGUCUCAUUGCAGCCCCCAAUGGUCAAGUGUUGCCUCCCCAGGCACUCCGGCCUCCAACACCAGGUGGGGGCCCCAUCAUGAACCUCAUCCGGUCCCCUCAGAUGGCCGCCAUGUUGCCCAAUGGUACCCCCACCCUGGUGCCUCCCUCACCGGAUGGCGGUCUUAUCUACACCACCCAAUACGAUUACCCAUACGCCCUGGCACCCACCUCCCUGCUGGAGUAUCCCAUUGAGCACAGUGGGGUUCUAGGUAAGAGAGCCUGGGGGAGCAUGGGUCCAGGUACAAUGGCCAGCUUUAGCCAGCUUGGACAGGAGGGCAGCUUGUUUUACCCCGGAGCUGGGGUGCUGGACGCUGCUGCCAUGAGCCACAAUCAGGACUUGUUGAAAGGUGCAAUGGCUACUAAAGUGAGACGGCAUGACACGCGGGUCCAUCCUUACCAAAGGAUUGUGACCGCUGACAGAGCCGCCACCGGCAACUAACACAUGACCUUCUGACCUCUGAACUCUUCACCCAAUGACGAGCCGCCCCAAGCCUGCCUGCUGAUCAGUUAACUGGUAAUUGCCUUUUGCUAGCCUCUCGGACGCAAGUGAGAGAGGGAGAGGGAGAGAGAGAGGCACGCCUGACCGUACAGUUACCCAAACACGUUCUGAAACAAAAAGAAAAAAGUAGGAACCAAUGGAAACUCUUCACAGAAACACAACAAAACCCAACAGAGUUGCGUGUUAUCCAUAUUUUUCCCUCUGUUCAUUGAGUUAAGUUCCCAUUCUUUCUAUUUCUUUUUCUUCAUGAAUCAUAUACUGGGUGGACGUGUUUGUGGUAUGACUCAUAAAUCUGCACUGAAUUAUAUAGCAAUAAUGACCCCCACCCCAGCCCGCUCACCCACCCUCCUGUAAUCACUCUCAAUUGGUGACCUCACAUGCACGAACAAAAGUUCAAAAUCUAUUUGACGCCAACCAUUUGGUUUCAGAGUAAUAAGAUCACCCCCAACCCCCCCAUCCAAAACAAUAAAACAAUCUCUCUAGCCCCCUCCCCUCCCCCCUGUUCCUAACUACUGGGAGCGAAAAGAAAUAGAAGGAAAGAGAACAUACACUCACAUUAACUUGUUUAAUUUCUGUCAUUUGUUGAGCUCUGAAAUGUAAUUAUGAGCUGACACAUUCUGGGUGUGCCCCUCUAAACAGCUUUCUGUCUGUUUUUAAAACAAAAAAGCAUGGCUACAGUGAUUGCAAAAAGCUUUUUAUGAUGUGUUUUUUUUUUUUGUUUUUUGGGCUUUACUCAUUUUUUCGACUUGAUUUUGGUUUCUCAGUUGUUCAUAUUUGACUUAUUAGCUUUGCUUGAAUUGACUAGCCAAAAUAAGGCAAAUGGUAACCUCUGGAAAACAAAAGCAAUCCAAUGUAUGAAGCAGGCUGCAGAAACUAAGGAAGGGCAAGAUGGGAAGGUCAGCGUUUUGGGCUGAUGGGUCUGUGUGUGUGUGUGUUUUAAUUAAUACUACAAUGAAAGUAGGGUGUGCUGAGGCUUCGGGGACAUUGGGUCAGUGCUUAUUAGCUACUGACCAUUGCUACGUCCCCAUCCACACUACAUCCAUUAUACAGUGCCUGAUGUAUUUAGAAAAUAAUCUCAAUGAGUAAGACGAGCUGUGAUUGAAAAGACAAAAAAAAGUAUUAAGUGUGCAUAUUUAACCAAAGGGUUUCCCAAUGAAUUAUAUAUCUGCAAUUAUGCAUUUGACUCAAAGAGGGCUCUCUCUGUGAUUUUAGAGUUUGUAAGGGUGUGGAUUUGUGGUGUCUGCCUUCAACUGGAACAGAGAGCCAGUCAGAUUACUUUUAGAUUACUUUUGACCCAUUCAUUUAUUUUUCUGAGGCGGUGACAAAAGGCAAUUAACACUAAACAACACGCUACUCAAUUACAGGACGUAGUUAGGGGAAGGGCACUUUGAAGUUCUGUACAUAAGUGCUUUUGUCAUGAGGUUUCUGAACUGCUUUCAUCAGACACAUUGCCAAAAUAGUUUUUAUGUCCUUAUUUGUUUGCAUCUCAACAUUUUGCUUUUAAGUGUCUUUUUUUAUUUUCAACCCAAGCUACAGUUGGCCAUAAUCUGAGCCCUCCUGCAAAUAUUUUUGAUUAUUUUAGGGAUGGAUCAUUUAUUUUCAACACAUGACAAGCGCAUCCACAAUGUGUCACACUUCCCUCUGAUCGUAGUCGAGCUCCUGAGCUCACAAUCUUUUGUUCAUCUCUCUCAAGAAAAAAAAUAGGAUGUGAAAGCCAUGCCUGCCUGUUCAAAUUGCUUUAUACAUACGUCUUAUAUAUAUGAAUAUAAUAUAUGUGUAUAUAUAUUCAUAUAUAUAAAUAUAUAUACAAAUGUAGAUAUCUGUCAUUGCAUAUACAAAUACAUAAGUGAACAAAAAAAUAGAUAAUUUUACAGGGUGCUGGAGAAGAUAAAAAAAAAUUGAAAUCUAUUUUUGGCAAUUUUAGCUUUUGAUACUUUACUUGCAGUUACAAAAUCUGAAAAAGAUAAAAAAUGAAGAAAGGUUUAAAAUGACUUAGAGGAUACGUGUGGGUGAAGAAACAGCGAUGUUACUUGGAUAUGAUCAAAACCGUCAUAACUCUUGGAAAGUUAUGGAGGAGGAGAGCGCGACGGACGCCUCGAGAGUUUUAAAAAAGAGCAAAUCAAAGUGCCUUAUCAACAGUGGUUUCUGUUUUCUGAGUAUUCCAGUUGUGUUCAAUAAUACCCAGCACCCACCAAGAUGGCGCAGAGAGGAAUGGCUAGUGUUACAUGGGUAGCUCCCACCCUAUCGUGGUGUUGCCGAAGUUAUUCUAUGCAAAAAGAAUAGCAGUCGUUUCGACCAGCUAAAAUAUGUGCCAUAGUUUUGUCUUCCUGAAAUGAUUUUGUUUUUCUUUUCCUUUACUUGAUGGCCCUUUACUCUGCUGUAUGUGCAGGAUUUGUCCACUUUUUAUUUAGAUUUUAAUGAUCAUAUGAAAUAUUGUCUUGAUCUUUGGUGACUGUGACUAACUUUCUAGAACCAAUUGAACUGCCAAUAGCAGCAGCAGCAGCAGCUGCCUGAACGUGUUCUAAUCCGGAGCUAAAGGAUGCGUGAUGAUAUGAAUAAGGUGGAGGGGGGGCUUCCCUUCGGCAUUAAGCUUAAUUUGUUUCAAUAGCUGUAAACUGAAAGCAUCCAGUCCAUGUCUCUCGAUGUCAAUUUGACAACAAACUAACUAUCAACACAGUCCCGGGACUUCUAAUAGGCGCGUGAAAUACCGAUUAUUAAACGACUCUUUUUCACAGCCAAAUGGUUUUCAGUUAUUGAAACAACUGACAGUUCUUUGCUAGAAGGUAAAAGUAUUCCAAUUUGAUCAAAUAUUACCCUUUGUUUUUCUAUUCAUAGCUCUCUCAUCAUGAUGUUACAUCGAAGGGUCAAUUAACUUUUCUUUCUCAGUGUUAUUAUUUUAAAUUGAAAUGCAAUAUCAAAGUGGAGCAAGUGAUGGUUAUUCAGCAUUUGACAGUAUUAAAAAUAGUAGAAAAUUCCUUCUGCAAUGUUACAACUUGCUGUUCCAUUGUGAAAGGCUGGAUAAGUCCAUCAGGUGAAAGGUGAACUAUAUACCUACCGUAUUCUCUCUGGCCUGCCUACUACAUGUAUGAUAAUGUAAUUAACAGCCAUUGUUACAGGUUUAUAAUGUAUUUUUCUAAUCUCAUUUUAUAUGUAUAUUAAUCAUGUUUCUGAGUGCUUUUUUUUUUUUUUUAAAUUGAAAUCCACAUGCAACUCCCCCCCCACUCCCUCCCCACCCCCAAACGUCCCAUCUCUUUCUCCCCUCCCCAUUCUUCUACAUCUUAAACAGUCUCUUGUGGGGAGCGUUGCCUUUUCCCUGUUAUAUUUGGUUUUGUUUUCUUGCUUAUUCCCAGCUUGUUUAACUCAUUAGCUACUUUAUUAGUUCUCUUGUCAUAAGUAUUUUUACAUGCUUGCAUUUAGUUUUCAUGGUGUAUGCUGUUUUUUUUCUUUAACCUCUUGCCAUUUAUUUUAAUAAAACAUUCUUAGUAAGAAUUUUACUAACUUGCUGAUAUUUUGUCUUGUGUUUUUAACCAGUUUCAUGUAUUACCUUGGUCUGGUUCACGGACUAACACGAUUAAAACGGGUGUCUGGCCACCACUUACACAAGCGCACAGACACACACACACACACGUCAGAUUUGCACAUACAAAUACUAAACACACGCAUUCUCACUCGGCCUAACUGGAACCUGCACGAGUUGAUAAGCCGCCCUCACUCCCGCUCACGCACUCUCCCCUCUGCGGAGGAAUCUGCCGACUCUUCACUACUCCAACACUGCUGCUGUGUCUCCUCGUCUCUGUCGGGGCGGGGGGGCGGGCGACUCCGUGUCACUGACCCCAUGGGACUGCAGGACGGGUGUCUGUGGGUGGGAGGUGCACAUUGAGGCCGGCUCACUAGGACUAAAGGGUUGAUUUUGUGUGUUUCACCAAAGUCAAAAGCUCAAAUGUCCACCAGUGUCCUCUUUCUCUAAAUGGGGAUUAGUGCGGGGCUUGCCAUAAUCUGUGCAAAAAAUACUGCAUAUUAGUCAUCUCAAAAGGAUUUAAUUUACUGUGAAUGAUGUAACGGGCAUCAGCAGAUGUUCUAAAUGUAUUGAUUUACCACGGACACAUAGAUGUCCCCAGUUUGUUUUCCUUCUCCAUUGCCUCAAAGGCUCGUCAUGCCUGGAUAGCAGAAUUAUAGUUAUCACCAGCUGUUGUCUGUUUGGUGACUACUUCUCCCAAUUCAGCUUAUUGAUAUAAUGGCUAAUACCGGGCCGUUUGGGAGCGUCCAUAAUGCUUAGACACACACCAGUACACUGUGCCAACGGGCCAAGUUCUUUGGGAUCAAAACGACCUUCCGGUUCCUUUCAGUGUAAAAUGCUGACGUGGCUCUCAGCUCGCUGGGCUCUGUGGUUUUCUGUUUGAAACACUGCCAGUGUGUGUGUGUGUGUGUGUGUCUUCUUCCUCUCCACUAAUUCAAGGUAUGGACGCUGACUCACGAGCAAAAGAUUAAUUCAUUAAUCCUGAUUAUUACUUUAACCCACUGAGUGAUGCCUCCAGAUUUUUCCUUUUUUUUCUUCUUCUUUUUAAAUGUGCACAAGACAAAACAACUCGGCCUUAACUGUUGCUUUGUGUCUCAGUAAGCAAAGAUCAAGGAAAGAUUAAAGGUGUCUAACAUCCAAUCUAACAUUUAUUUCCUCUCUGAAUUUUUUGCGCUUCUGAUCUGAAGAUCAAAACACCCGUUUCGAUCUGAAAACGGGUGUUUUUGCCUAACACCUCCUGAAACACCAGCCAGUAAAGACAAAGAUUGGAUUAAUGGCAGCUAGGCUUAUUAGUUUUUUUUUUCUCUCUUUUGAUUUUUGUCUAGUUGGCGAUAAGCUUUUUCAAUUCAUCACCAUUAAUGUUUUAGCCUGGCUCGUAUUUGUCCCGUGCAGCGAGAGCUGACAUCCGUCCAUGAGCAGUCAAUAUAUUUAUGCUGUCACAAUCUUGGCCUUACAUUUGUCAGGUUU